UUUUUUUUUUUUUUUUUUUUCAUCACUCCAGUUAACGAACAAUCGCGCACGGAUUAGGAACCGGCUGAAAAACACGAAAAUCGAGUUGGGCACGCGCGGCUUUUCCCAAAUAUUUGUCGAGCGCAUAUCAAGCGCGGGUAACCAGCAAGUCCUGAGGAGAGAGAAAGAAAAAACCCACACGAUGUACCUACCUGCGCAGCCUCGCUAUAUCCUGUAGGAAAACAAACUUUUAACGAGAUAACAACACAUCAACCGGCGACUAAUCCUCGCGUCAGAAACAUAAAAGCGGCGAUGAGAUGAAUUUCAAUACAAGCACACACUACGUAUGCAGAUCGGCAUUGGAAACCGAACAAACGGACCGGCCUCGAUCGCGAUCGAUUUCGAGAGGCGGAAAAGACUAUGUAUAUAGCCGCGACCGAGCGUAUCUCCCUCUCUCUCUCUCUCUCUCUCUCACACGCGCGGCCGUCGCGACUCUCGUUCAAGGUCGUUCGCUCGCGGCCGCGCGCGAGUUUACCUCAGAUAUAUAUAUACUGUCAUGCUGCGCGCAGCGCGUCGAAUCGGCGGGGAUUUCAAAAAAGUAUAUAGUGAGCCGAUGACCUGUCGUACCUUGAGCCUCCCGCAUAUUCUCGCGGAGGCGUUCGAUGCGUCUAUGUUUAGCGCGAUCUCGAGUUUGUUUUACGUUCGGAGGUGUCUAAUUAAGCUGUUUUAUGGAUGAAUCGAAUGCGCGAGUCGAAACUGAAAAGUGACCGGUUCGAUCAUUCGAAAUUGAUUGUUGUAAUUGAUACGUCGAGGUCGCGCUCCAGUAAAUUUAUAAACGACAGCCUCGAAUCGACGGACCGUCGUGGUCGUGUGUGCCGAUCCCAUUUUUUAAUUAGCGGGUAUAUACGUGCAAUCUAUUAUUUGACUUGGGGUUACGUCGAUAACUUGGCCAAACAAUGUUAUCAAAACAUCGGCUCUCGACAAUUUUAAUCAAAAUUUUUUAUUUUAAGCCAUUCAUAAAUUUUAUUAAAAACGGUUGCAUUAGUGUCUGUCGACUCACGAGACAAAAACGGAAUAUACAUCCAUCGUAGCAACAAAAGCGUCUCACGUUCGUUUUCUCUUUUUCCGCGAACAACAACGAAUGACAGUCGCGGUUGUAAUGAGUCAGAUUUUUUCCGACAUCUCGCAAUGACACCGUGGUGUUUUUUGAUUUACAGCCAAUAAUCCACGCGAAAUCUCUCCUACACGUAAACUCGCGAGCUUUCCCCGAUCGAGCACAUACGCAUAUGUAGAAAACGUUAACGACGCACAUAACGGCCUACGAGAGAGGAUUUCUCUCGUCACGGCUGGUUAGUCGUUUGCCAAUUUUCUAACGGCGAGAACAAUCACGACUACGGCUGCGCUGCUGCACACAGAGCAUCCAACUUUCGAUUUUUCCUCUCUCUUUCUCUCUCUCUCUCUCUCUCUCUCUCUCUCUCUCUCUCUCAACGAUCCCGUUAUAUACACACUGCAAAGCUAUUAUACUCUCUCGACCUUCGCAGCCUCGGACAGAUCGGCCAUAAAAAAGCUCUAGAGUCGAUGAUCCUCGCGCGAGAGCGAAAAAAUCUCUCCCGUGAAUUCUUCACGGUCUAAAAGCUCGGUUACAAUUAAAAGCGAACCCAUUGCGCUGCAGAGUUUCAUGCAAGCGCUGGUAUAGCCUGUAGACUUAAUAUAAACGCUUCAACGAUUGAUAACGACGCGUGACAUGCUAAGCAAUUCUCUUUAUCGGAGAGCAGCUGCAGGAGAUAGUAAUUCGAGAACAAGAUGAUCUCUCAGUAUCAGCGCUGCUACGCUCUGCAGACGGCUAGUCCCGGCGGUCUUUAUAUCGUAUUAUACUUCUUUUAUUUUACUCGUGAUAUUUUUGAUACGCGACUGCGCGAGCAAAAAAUUUCGCUCACCACGUCGGGGUAUAUUACGUAAGUGGCGGCUGGUGUAUAUACAGCUAUAGACGUACGUAUAUACGCGCGGUAAAAACAAACAGAGCAAACAAAGCGUGAAAACGGAAGUGGACUCGAGUGCAGUCGAGCGAUUUGGAUUUUGGAGACGUAAGAGCGCUACUGUGUGUAUAAUACGCUGUUGCUGCUGCUGCUGCUGCUGCUGAACUUUGGGUUACGCGUCAGCUGUUUUGUGUCGGACAAGUGGGUUUGAUUUAUUUACUCGAAGUUGGAAACUGAGCCAAAUUUUUAAUAGUGUAUUGAAUUGAGUAUGAUUGGAGUUUCUUUGAGUUACGCUGUUGUCGACAGAAAUUUGGAAAUUUUUGAGAAAUUUAAAUAUUUAUUCUACAACGGCAAUUAGUUGAUGAAUUGUAGUUUCAAAAUAGCUGUCCAUUCUGUUAAGAUUUUUCCAAAAGGCGCAACAGCCACUGAAACAAAAAUGCAGACUUCAAAAAUAAUCCUUUGGCCGCUCGCAUUCCUCCUCCUCGGCAUCGUCUUCGUUGGUGCUAAAGAACCCGAGCUACGCCAACUCAACGUGGUAUUCAGACACGCAGACCGGACUCCCGAGACAUUUCCCAAGCGUUUUCCCAACGACCCGCACAUGUACGAGUCGUUCCAUCCUAUCGGUCCAGGCGGCUUGACGAAUGAGGGCAAGCGCAGAGUUUACCAUUUGGGUGAAGUGCUGCGCAACAGGUACAGGGACUUUCUGGGCUCAUCGCGUGAUGAUCAUCGCGAAAGUCUCUUCGCCAUCAGUUCCGACGUAGCACGAACCAAAAUGUCACUGCAAUUGAUCCUAGUCGGACUCUAUCCGCCUUCCGCGGAUAGUAAGUGGCACGAGCAACUCGAGUGGCAACCGAUUCCGACUUAUUAUAACGAGUUUUCUAAGGACACGUUCUUCAAUAGCGACAGGUGUCAGAUGUUUAUCGAUGAAUUGACUAGAGUCAGGAGUCUGCCAGAUGUGCAGAAGAAACUGGGGAAGUUCGAUACGUACUUGGAAGAACUGAGGAAAACUGUGGGUAAAAAGUCUAAAUUGAACCUCAAUGACAUUCUUCUUCUGCACAACAACCUGGACAUUGAGAAAAGGAUGAACCUGACGAUGCUACCGUGGAUGAACGACGUGUUGGCCGACGAACGAUUGAUCGAAAUGCGAAGGCUUUAUUAUGAAAUUAACAGCUAUACCGAUCUACUUAAACGAUUACUGUCAGGGUUCAUGCUGCGGAAGAUAAACGAAGAUAUGUUCGAAGCCAGCACCAACGCAAACUUCACUCGGAAAGUAACUCUCUACGGUGGUCAUGACAAGAAUAUAAUAGCUCUGCUACAAUCUUUGAAAAUAUACGACGGCCAUUUUCCCGACUUCACUAGUGCCUUGAUCUUUGAACUCUGGUUCCAUGAUAAAGGAUACUACGUCAAAGUGCGUAUACGAAGAUUUUUUACUAUUUAGGGAUACCUGAAGAAAUGAAAGAAUUUACAAUUCCCGGAUGUGCAAAUCCUUGUUCUCUGGACGAGUAUCUAAAGUUGACGAAAGCCGCUGAAGUGCGGGACAAUGAAUUGAACUGCAAAAUAUACUCAACCACUUACUUCUCAGAAACAGACUAAGAACUUAUUGAACUUGCAUCAGCUAUUUCUUAAAAUAAACAUUUCUUUCGUAUAAAAUUU